GUCUAUGAGCAUAUUUCAUAAAUGGUGGUUGUGGAUAGCAAACACCGCAAACAUGGAGAGGCUUUUUAUAAUUAAUCAGAUAUUACCCAGUUAAUUUCUACUCCUAUCUCUAUGUUCCAGGCAAGAAAAAUUUCUCAUCUCUGAUUCAAUUUUGAUAACGAAUUAUGUCGAACGAAACCCUAGAUUACCGUCCUCAAGAUCCUGGCUCCGACGAGGUACCAAGCGUUGUUGUUAAUGGUGAGGAUUGUAAUAGUAAUGCAACUAGUUCGAAUUCUUCAGUGGCAAAGGGAUUGUCCUCUUUGAUUUCUUCUACAAUCACGGAUUUCGAUUCCACGGCUGAAGCAACCUCUCGCAGUCAAGAACAACUCGCCUUCUCCCUCGAUCGCCUCACCGGAGAGCUUGAUAAAUUGCUAGAAGAUGCUCCUUCGCCAUUUAUUAUGCAGCACGCUGCAAGGAUAUCUGGUGUUAGGAGAAGGGUCACAGCUUUAAAUUCUGUUUUGAAGUCUAUACAACGACGAAUUGACAAUAUGGAUCGAAUGAUGUCAGCUGGAUCUUUGCAGGAAAAAUCGGUAAGAGAGAGAGCUGGAGAACAUUAAUGUUUCUCAAUACCGGAGGUCUUUGUGGAGCUAAUCUUGAUGGAAAACAUUACUAAAUACUCGGGGAGAGAGCUUGAAUGUUUAUAAUUUCUGGGUCGAAUACUUCCUGUUCGAGCCAUUUUUUCUGCUAACAAGAAGCUGGUUCUUGAAUUCAGUUCUAAAAUAUGCUAGAACAGUAUCUUGGACAACCAUGCACAAUUUGUACCAUGACAUUCAACACAUUUAAGGAUAUACUCUGAUGUCAUGAAUUGUACAUAUUUUUUGUUCAUUUGCUGGUCCUGCUUUUUCUUUUUUAUUGACUUUCUGGUCUAGCAGGAUCCUGUCUUUUUACUUAACAGAGCAAUGCAUCUUCAUCUCCCCUGAUGUUGGAAGUAUCCUUUUAAUUGAUACUGUUUGAAUUUUAAAAAUUAGCUUAUUCUU